AUGGAAAAUUUACCUGCGUUUCCCAAAUUUGAUGUUUACGCUGACGAAAAUUCCCUAGGUGUUCGGUGGGACAAAUAUGUAGAUAAACUGGAGAAUUUAUUUGUUGGGCUAGGUAUAAAUACAAGGAAAAGGAAAAAGGCACUGUUACUGCACUAUGCUGGAGAUGAUGUAUAUGACAUUUAUGAUACGUUAAAUCUACAUGGAGAGAGUGAAAAUUACGAUGAAACAAAAGCUGGACUUACAAACUACUUCAAACCUAGAAAAAACACUCAGUUUGAAAUUUUCGAAUUCAGGAAUAUUAAACAGUUGCACGGUGAAACGAUUGACCAAUAUGUGACUAAAUUACGACAAAAAGCUAAAAACUGUGAAUUUUCGGACACUGAGUCAGAAAUUAAAAGCCAAAUCAUACAGGGUGUUAUUUCGCAAAAAAUGAGAAUGCGAUGUUUGCAAGAUUCAGAAAAAUCACUUAAUGACUUACUUACAAUGAUGAGAACAAUGGAAAUUUCGAAGACUCAAGCAACAAGUAUGUCAAAGGACACUAGUAGUCAGCAGGUAGUGCGUGUAAAAAGCAAUCCACAUUUUAGGCGGAAAUCAAAGAGAUUCGUACCACAACGUUCACAACAACGUUCUAGUUCAUAUCAAGGUUUACCGCAAGCAGGCUCGUCGUCGGAAGGGCGGAUCAGUCCUCACCAAACCAGCAAGAAAUGUCGCAACUGUGGAGGAAAAUAUCCACAUAUAUCACGUUGCCCCGCGCUUGGAGUAGAAUGUAAUUAUUGCCAUAAGAAGAACCAUUAUAUAUCGGUUUGUAGAAAACGUAUAAAGCAGGUGACAUUGAUCGAGGAUGAACAACCGGAUUUAGAAAUUUUAACAGAUGAAUACGCGACGGAUUGCAAUUCGGAUGAAUGUGAUGUGCUAUUUGGAUUCAUGUUAGAUAGAAAGAAAGUGCCAAAGAAAAGAAUAAAAUUAAAUGUUGUAGAUGUGAAUGUUUUGGUUGAUAGCGGGUCAUCGAUCAAUAUUGUCAGUGAAAUUGUCCUUAAGAAAAUGAAAAAAUCACCGGAAAUCAAGAAAGCGACCACGAAAGCGUCCGCAUUUGGACAGAAGUCUCCACUGCCAUUCCAAGGUAAAUGUUCUUUGCUUGUUGAGUCGGACUCAAAAUUCGUGACCAGAGAUUUCCAUAUCGUUACGGGUAAUAAAGAUUCAUUGAUUAGUUAUGAGCUGUCAGUAGAGCUUGGAAUUUUACCGCAGAUACAAUCUGUUCAACCCAAAGACGAGUAUGAAGGACUUAUUGAGGAAUACUCGCAAGUUUUCACUGGGUUAGGAUGUCUGAAAAACAGAAAAGUUAAGUUUCACAUUGAUGAAAGUGUUGUGCCAGUAGCUCAGCCUCCUAGGAGAGUGCCAUUUCAUGUGCGUGAGCAAGUUGAGCAGGAACUUAAAAGUUUGGAGGAUAUGGAUGUUAUUGAAAAAGUGGAAGGUGUACCAACACCAUGGGUAUCGAACCUGGUAGCUGCUCCAAAACCAAAUUCACCGAGAGAAGUAAGAGUGUGCAUAGAUAUGAGGAAAGCCAACACCGCAAUUAAAACUGAGAAAAAUGUUAGUCCGACGGUGGAUGAUAUAAUCUUAACGUUGAACGGCGCAAAAGUGUUUUCGCGUCUCGAUCUGUACAAAGCUUUCCAUCAAAUUGAACUGGAUGAGUCAUCACGUGCAAUGACAACGUUUCAGACACAUGUUGGACUUUUUCGAUAUAAACGUUUAAAUUUUGGAGUGUCAGCAGCACCGAUUCUGUUCCAAAAUGAGCUUCGUCAAGCACUUCAGGGUCUAACAGGCGUGUUAAACAUUGCUGACGAUAUCGUUUGCUACGGCAAAACGCGUGAAGAACAUGAUAUCAAUUUGCGAGCAUUACUUCAGCGUCUUCAAGAACGGAACCUGACAUUGAACAAGAAAAAAUGUUCGUUCGGACAAUCAAAAAUCAAAUUCUACGGAUACGUGUUUUCGGAAUCGGGAAUUUCACCUGAUCCUGACAAGGUAGAUGCAGUAAAAAACAUGGACAGACCAAAAUCUGUAUCCGAAAUCCGUUCAUUUCUUGGUCUCACAAACUAUUUGUCUAAGUUCAUAGAUGGCUAUUCAGUUCUAACGGAACCAUUACGACGACUUACUCAUCAGGAUGUAAAAUUCGAAUGGAAUGACGAUCAGGAAAAGUCGUUCACUUCACUAAAAGAGGCAUUGACUAGUGACAAAGUCAUGACGUAUUUUGACCCGAGGAAAGAAACUGAACUCUGGGUAGACGGCAGCCCAGUAGGCUGUUCAGGAAUACUUAUUCAGAAAGGAAAAAUAGUGUUGUAUGGAAGCAAAGCUUACAAUUCAGUACAAGCGCGCUAUUCGUAA